CUUUAGUAAUACGCAAAACCAACUAAUGCAAUUUAAAAUGUUUAUUUAAGAUAUAUGUUAUAUAAUAUAUACUUUUGCUUUUUCUACAAGCUAAGAUAUAGUUAUUAGCAAGACUGUAGCAAACAGUUAUCGUUUAUAGAAUAUGGGUAUUCUAAGAUAAAACCAGGUCCCCUGUUUUGUGGUCACAUAAGUAGUUUGAGGUUUGGAUUUGAGGAUUGGAUCACUGCGCCGUCUACAUCAGCUGUAAAAUUCGAAGCAUGCAUUUGUCUUAUAUGUUACACAUCUUAUACAGCAACGAAUAUUUGUCUGUAGCCUAGUAGAUGCUAAACGUUCAGCAUACGUUAGCAGCAAGAAUAAGAAACAUUUAUUUACCUAUACUUAUAUAGGUAACAACAGAAUAUGCGUUAAAAAAGUUACAGGCGAUGAAUAAACAUAAUAAUUAAAAGCACUGCCACGAAAGGAGUUCUGGAUCACCUGUCGCGCACAUGACUCGGGUUGUGGAACGAAAUACACAGGCACAGCAUAGGAUCAACAGGAAGAGGCCUCGCUCCUAGCCUUCAGGAGCCGCGGACGGAGCGAGGACGCCAGUCUUCGCCCAGCCGCCCGCCCGAGAGCGCGCCCGCCCGCGCCGCGCCCCAACCGACACAAUAAAACUACAAACAACGCAUCCCACACGCGUACUAACAAAAAUAAUAACAUCCCCAUUCUGUACCUACACCUUCAUUGGUAAUCGACAAAAGACUACACAAUUUCGAGUUUACUUAUUAAGUGCGAAAGGAUAGCGAAGGAUUCUCUUAGGGUCCUUAAAAGCGUUUUACGCUGGAGGCGAGAUAAACUUAUAAACGAACUGACAAUGUGCAGUAAAAAAAGUUAAACCAGUGCCAAAUAGUGAUUUAUGCUAGCACGCUAGCAAAUGAGUGAUACGUUACAUCGCGUAGUGAAGUGAGAUAGUGGCGAUGAGUUUCCUGACGUCACUGGGCCAAUACGUGGCGGGCGUGGCGGACAGCGUGGCCGGGCUGGCGUUGUCGCCGCGCCGCGCGCCGCCAUCGCGCCACCGCUCCGCCGAGGAGACGGCCCAGCCGCCGCCGCAGCCUUCCACGGCUACCAUGAGGGGUUUUCCCCGAGUGGUGCCAACGGAGGGCGCGUCGGCUCUGAGCACGCGGCGCCGCACGCUGGACUGCCUGGCCCCAGCGGCGCCGGUCCGCCGAGGCGGGUCGCUGCGCGUGCCUCGCCAACCGCCGCCACCAGAGAAGCCCACCAUGGCCUUCUGCAAGAGGCGGCUCUCGUGGCCUGAAGUAGAUAACUCGGUGAAUUCCGGGGUAAAAGAAACAGACGGUUCAUACUUCGAGGCGUUCACGGCACUAUCGUGGAGGCAGGAGAAUCGUCGGUUGGCGGCGUUGCGGCUCGCCGAGGCGCGGGCCGAACGGCCGCCGCCCGCGCCGCAUGAGCUCGGCCUGCCUAGCGUUUCGGCCCAACUGUCUCACAAGGAGCAUGAGCAUCUUUAUACAGAGGUGUUAUAUUGCAUCGAGAACGCAGUGGGGGCGCCGGCCCCGGACGGGCAGUUCGCGGCCUACAAAGAAGAUAUGAUAGAGUACGCCCGGCGCGCGUUCAGGGUCGCGCCCGAGGUACACGCUCGAGCGAUCAUGGCGGCGGGCAGCGAGCGCCCGCCCACGGUUGUACUCGGCUGCACGGUCAUCGAAGCCGAUGGCUUGGAGGCCAAAGAUGCAAACGGGUUCAGCGACCCCUACUGCAUGCUGGGCAUCCAGCCGGCGUCCCUACCGGCGUCCCCGCGCGCCUCCGAGGAUGAGGGCCGCAAGCACGGCUUCCGGCUCAGCUUCAAGCGCCGCGAUGGACGUCAGCAGCGCGAUAGCCUGGGCCGGCUGCCUGCGAGAUACAUCAGAGCCACUAGCGUGAGGCCACACACGCUGUCGCCUAAAUGGAAUGAGAGUUUUAAAUUUGACAUAGACGACAUUUCAUCGGACGUCCUCCACCUGGACAUCUGGGACCACGACGACGAGAGCUCGGUGCUGGACGCGGUGUCGCGGCUCAACGAGGUGCGCGGCGUCCGCGGGCUCGGCCGCUUCUUCAAGCAGGUCUGCCAGAGCGCGCGUCAGGGCAGCCAGGAUGAUUUCUUAGGGUGCGUGAACAUUCCGCUCCGCGAGAUCCCGUCUACGGGCGUCGAGGCGUGGUACAAGCUAGAGGCUCGCUCGCAGCGCUCCUCGGUCCAGGGACGCAUCAGGCUUCGGUUGUGGCUGUCGGCGCGCGAGGCAGGCAGACAUGACGAUGAUAACUGGCAGCAGGUCCGCCAACAUGAGCGCCUGUUUGGAGUCCUACUGGCCAACGAGGUGGACUCGGCGAGCGGCGGGCCGAGCGGUGCCGAGAGCGAGUGCCCGGCGAUGUGGGAGGGCGAACUGUGCGGAGCGGCGCAGACGCUCCUGCAUCAACACGCCGUUCAGAGCGACAUGAGCACUCUACAGGCGGCGAUAGCGCGCUUCGCUGCUGCUUGCAGACUCAACAGCGAUGCACCUCUAGAUCCCAAAUACAUGUACAAGCUCCUAACCGAGCUAGAGCGUACUUGGUGCGCGUCAGAGGGGAUGCCCCUACGAGCUGAGGCGUGCCCCGGCGCGGGCGGCUCGUGCGCCUCGCGGGACGAGGAGCGCUGGCUCGCCGACUGCUUCGGCGAGUUCGUCGAGCGCGCGCUGCAUCAGCUGCGACUGCACCGCGACCUGUACCCUGUGCUACACCACCAGAGUCUUAACAAGCUGGAGUUCCUUCUGCGGUGCCUAAGCCAGCUAUCGCAAAUGAAGGCCUUCUGGCGGUGCUGUCCCUUUAAUAAGGAAAUAAGGAGUGAGAUCGUCGGGUCGCUGCGUAAAGGUACCUCCGAGUGGUAUGAGGCGUUAUGUGCGCAGGAUACGGAGUCCGAGCGCGGCGAGGAUUUGGUGAACUUGAUCACGCUUGUCCAAAUUGACUUGCAACAAGGACUCACCUACUACCAUCCGCUAUUUGAGACAACCAACAAUGUCCCCUACUUCAACGUAGUCUUCACACAGAUUGAUAAGAUGUUGUCUGAAGAUGUCAGGCAGUGCGUGGAGCUCUGGGUAAACGAGGGCUGGUGUGGCGUGGCCGAAGAGGAAAUAUACGAUGAACAGGGAAACGGAGUAUGCGUGGUGUCAGCCAAAACGUUGCCGUUUGAGGUGCUGGCGGCGGUUCGAGAGCUGUGCGCCGCAGCGGCGCCCGCGCCGCCUACACAUCCCUCACAUCCACACGACGCACCCGCACAACUGCUAGACGCAUAUCUGUGGUUCGAGCCUCUGAUCGAUCGCUGGCUGGCCGUGACCAAAACGAUGGCGCUGCAGCGGGUGCGUGCGGCCGUCGAGCUCGACCGGCUGGUGGAAGGCGAGCACAUUGUGAAGCACAGCACGUCCUCUGUGGACACCGCCGCAUGUCUUUACUACAUGCGACUGGUGUGGCGAGGGAUCGGUUCGGUAGAGGAAGGCACGGUGGGCGGUGGUAUGCGAUUGCUCGAAGCCGCGUGCGCCACUGCGUUGCACUACGCUGACUUAGUGCACGGCGCGCUUGCAGACCAGGGCUACUAUGACAACCACGGUCAAAACAAAACGACGGAGGAGAUAUGCACAAUCGUCAACAACUUGGAGUACGUGCGCCGCUCGUUAGCCGAGUACGACGAUGAACACAUGGCGAACGACGAAACCGCGCGUCAGCUAGUGCGCGGGGCGCUUGGCACGUUGGACGCCCGCGCGGCACGCGCAGCGGCGCCACUCGCUACGCGCGCUCGCCCGCCUCUUCGCAAGGCGGUCUUCCACCUCGCAUGGUCACCGGAUACUCUGCCUACCCCGCAGGCCAUAACCCCACUCUUGGAGUUCCUGGAUCAGCAUCUCUCAUCACUGAACACGUGGCUGUUACCGCGCGCAUUCAUCCGAGCUUUGGCUGGCUGCUGGAGCGCCGUGCUGAAAGAGGUGUCAUCUCAGGCUGAUGCUGGUGGCGCCGAAAGGCCAAGGGUUUACCAUUCUAGACUGCGGGAGGCGUUAGACUUACUUGCAGAGUUUUUCCACGCUGAAGGAAAAGGUUUACCGAUGUCGGAAGUUCACAACGCAGAUUGGGGACGGGUAGAACAAAGAAUGCAGUACCAUCAAGCUCCGACUGAUGAGUUGCUUGAGCUCUGGCUUGCAGAUAGACUUGCAGAACAGAUUCGGACACCACUGCCAUCGCCUUACGGAUCAAUAUUAGUCAGGGUAUACUUCAAUCACGACUCGUUGUCGGUGGAAGUGCUAUCAGCUCGCGAUGUCAUACCACUGGACCCCAACGGCUUGAGCGACCCAUUCGUCGUUCUAGAACUAGUGCCUAAACGACUUUUCCCGAAAGCUCACGAACAAACUACUAAUGUUCAAAAGAAAACCCUGAAUCCAAUAUGGGACGAGUGUUUCGAGUUCGCGGUGUCGCUGGAGUCGUGUCGGUCGCCUAAGGCGGCUUUGGCUUUGUCCGUGUGGGAUCGGGACGUGCUGACCGCUGACGACUUUGCCGGCGAAGCCUACGUGUCCCUCUCGCGGAUUCCUGGCGUCAACAGCAAUGCACCGCCUGACCCACUGCGUCCCAUUGAGCUGCCUCUUAUGCAAUUACAUGAUAGAAAUCACCCUAUAUUGCAAAUUUUGGAAUCGCGUACCACGGACAAAGUUGCUAUAGACUUCGUCAAAAAACAAAAAUUACGAUUUGCAGAGCAGUAAAAUAAUAUGAAAACAAUGUCAAUAUUAUUUUGUUAUUUACUAAAUGACGUUAAUUUUAUUGAAAUUUCUAUUGACGCACAACGUCCAUUAUAAUGUCGACAAUAUAUUAAGAAUAUUUUACAAAUUUUCAAUACUUAUGAGAUCAUAUUUAUUUAUUUAUAUAAAUAUUUAUAGAUUAGGGGAAACAAAUGGUGGGUUGUAUUUUAAUACGUCUAGUUAACUGAUUUAGACUUUUUUUUGGUUGCAGCUGAUAUUUAAAAGUUAACUAAUUAUGACAAAUGUUGCUAUUACUUUAAUAAUAUACUUAUGUAAUCGUGGUUGUUUUAAAACCCAAAUAAAAAUGGUAGUUUGCGCUUUACUUCCAAGUAUGCGUUGUAACGAUUGCCCCAGAUAUUUGCCAAAUUGUAUUUUUCGUUAUCUCUUUGUUAUUCCAUUCCUACUUAUACAGAGAUGUCGAGCGCAUCAGUAUUAAUGUAUUAUAUACUACAAAGACUGUGUAAUUCUUCACUCACGAGAGAAUUUUAUUGUGUACGUGUACCUAUAAUUAGUAUGCACCCUCGGAGCUUAUGUCCCUAGUCGUAGUCUCUAUUAGAAUUCCUGACCAAGUACUUUAAGAUUCGUCGUUAGACAUUUCACUAUCGGUUCUUUAUAUAUACCCGCUUUAUAUUAUGUACAUCUACAUUGAACACUACAGGCACUUCACGUUAUUAUACACAACCUGCACUGAGCUUGAUAUGCAUAAUUAUGGCUUCCUUCCAUAUUUGGUCACAAAAUAUCUAUUUUAUUAUGCACUUUUACUCUUAAGUGAACCACUCUUCAAAUUUGUAUGAAAAGAUUUUGAACAAACUCGGCUUACUUAAAUAAUAGUAAAUACCUCCACAUGAUCCACGCAAAAAGAGCUUUGUAUCACACGUAAAAUAUGUAUCCGUCAUUGUAAUCUAUAAAAAUGAUUAUUUACAUUGUCUUGACGACUGAUUUUCAUCGUUAGUGUAAUUAUUGUAUGAAGAUAUUCAAAAUUUUAUAACUAUAUGUGAAAAUUGUUUAUUGCGUAUGUAUACAAGUAUACCUAUUGUUAUUAUAGAAGAAAGUGUAUUGAUGUGUACUAUAACAUAGAGAAUAAUUCAUAUUGAUUAUACCUAUACUAUUAAACAAAGGGAUAGUUUUACGUCACAUUAACAAGGAUCUAUAUCGUGUCAGACUACUCAGUGUGUAGAUAAUGUGUCACCUAAUACAUGUGCUUAGCUGUCAAACCUACCUAAUUAUAAUAAAAAAGGUAGGUAUAUUAUCCAAUAUUUUCUUACUUCAAGAUACGUUGAAUUUGAAAUAACCAAGAAAGACAUACAUUUUACGAUGAUUUAAUUAUUAAAUUAUCAACGCCUUUUUCAUGGUUGGAUCUUGCCAAUACGAUACCUAACAAGGAAUUAGAAAUUCGACAUAUCCAAACAACCAAAAACCAUAUCACUGAGCUUUUAAUCACACAUUUUUAUCUUUGUAAGAAACAGAAAAUGUAUUAUUAAAUCAAAAUUUUACAACUUUUGAAUAAAAUCAAGACCAUUCCAUGAGUCAAUUAUUUAAAAAUAGGCUUUUUGAAGGAACAUUCUUUUACAUGAAGCAAACAUAUUUUGGAUCAAAUUUUCACGUCACAGUGAGCUAAGCUUGUAUGUACAUGAGUAAGGUUUUUUGUGUAGCUCCUUGCCAAAUGUUUAAAGGGUCAGGCUAUUAGCGAAGGUCGAAAGUAAUAAUAGGCUCGUUACUCGAAUACGAUAGAUACUCUGAUCGGGGAAAAGUUGUGCCAACAGGAACACACGUUCAGGAUUUUUUUGUUGUUCAGAUAUUAUACUCUCAAUUACGAUAACAAGACUUGCUUUAUCAAAGGAAACUUUUAAAAUACUUUAUCAAUGACAAAUUAACAUUAUAUACGUGCACGAUGAAUAUAACGUACAGUCGCCAUCAGAUAUAUUGGAGCGGCCGAGGUACCCAAAAAUAACUGAACACGCACUCUAGCGUAUUGACAAUACCCGACCAAGACCAAGACCUUGACCGCUCCGGUAGAUCUGAUGGAGACUAUACAUAGAUGCCCGUCGUGUACACAAAACCGAAUUUUAGUUGGCUAAAAUAUAAAUAAGUCUUUAAUAAAACUAUUUAUCUCCGCCAUUUGGAGAUAAAUCUUUUUUGAAGUGAAAACUUCUUUACCGGCGCUGUGCACUUUUUGUGACGGGAAAGAAAUGUUAAACUCGCGUUAGGGGUCACGUGACCGACAGAUUGAAAAUUCGUAAGACGGAUACAUGACAUCAUGGUGACGUGCAAAUUGAAUGUCAGCGAAGACUGGUUACUUUUGAAAAAUCUAUCUCUUUCAAAUGUGACAUUUUAUUUUCUUCAUAAUCAUAGUGCUGACAUAACGGUUAAAGAGGUUUAAUCUUUGUUAAUUGUGUUGUAUUGUAUCUUUGUGUUGUUGGGUGUCCAUGAUUGUAGAUACUCAAAUUUUUCCUUACCAAAAAGUUAAAUAACAGAAAAGAAGCGUGAUUGUUUUACUUAAUAUGACGGUGAACGAUUCUUUAACAUUUACUGAUUGUAUAGGCUGUAGUCCUGCUCAUGUCUCAUGAAUUAAUCCGUAUAUGUAUAUUAACACUAAAAUUCGCAUUUCAAAAUAUCUUCCACACUCAAAUUUAUUUACGUAGGUUUAUUAGACAAUUAUCUCUUUUUAUAAAACUGCUAUUCAAUUUCUCCAAUAUAUCAAAAAUGCACAACGUUAAUUUUCAAGUUUUCACUUCUGCCGGCACUCCCGGAGUGUAACCCGUUUUUUUUUAAUUCGUUUCAGUCUUAUAGAUGCAACCCACACAAAUACAAAAGUUCCGAUAUGACUGAUGGGUGCUGUGGAAAGGCGCAUUUUAAGAAUCAUUUAUUACUAAGCUAUAUUAUUGAUUUUUUGUUCUUCCCAUAUAUUUUAAUGAACGCUAAAACCUCGUAUGCACAACUUUUCCUAUUCAUACUACAAAUUAAACCAAUAACCUGCAGACGAAUGUAUUUUGUAAUCCAAGAAACAUGUGUUACACUUCCUGAAAAAUGUCAGGGAAAUUGUUAACCCGUUUGUGAUAUAAUUUGCCGUGAUGUAUGUACCUACUGUAAACUAUUAUAAACACUUGUGUUCCUGGCUUUAAAUAAACUCUAUGGAUGAA